GCUUUGUUUACCAAAAUAAAGCAAAAUUACAACAAAAAUUGAAAAAAAAAAUAUUUUAAUAAAAUUAACAUAAGCAAUAAGGUGUAAUUAAUUAUAAAAAUAUGUCAAAAGGAAGCUUCAAUCAGGUUCUAAUAGUUGAGAAUGAAUGUGGUGAUGUCUAUAUUGUGGAAAAUCAGAAUACAAGAUCUAAAAUUGGCACGAAAAAAUGUCAACAAAUGAUUCCAAAAAAUAGUUCUGGUAACGAUGACAAUAUAGACGAAAUUGAGGAAGAGUAUUUAGAGGAGAAUUUUGAAGUAGUUCCAGUAGAUUUUAUUGAUGCCAAUGAGUAUGAAGAGAUUACUGUCAAAAUUGAGCCAAAACCUGAUCAAGGCAUACGAUUAAAACUGUCUAAUAAAGAAACAAAAGCAAAUAAAAGUCCCGAAAGUGCUGUAAGGAAAUCUUCAACACAAAAUAGCAUACAGCAAACAAGUCAGGCAAAGUUCUUCUGUCGGUUCUGUGAUAUUAGUUUUGCCAAUAAAAAUGAGCAAUGGAUGCAUCUAUGUAAAUAUCUACAAUGUGAUCCCAAUAAUUAUAUAUGCCGUGUUUGUCUUAAGGAAGUCAAUAAGAAACAUUUUGAUGAACAUGUUCAUAACGAAAAGUUUGAGUGUAAAAUCUGUGAGACAAUAUUCUAUUGCAAAAAUGACUAUACAGAGCAUACUUUAAAUAGCCAUCAAGGUGAUUCACCAAAAAAGCGAAUUUUAGAUUAUAUGCCACUUACAGAAUUUGAAGCUGUCACGAAAAUUGAAAGGCCUGUAAACUGUCUAUUAAGACGUAAAGGAGUUAGAACAAAAGUGAAAUAUCCAAGAAAGAAGCAGCGAUUUGAAUGUGAUUUAUGUGGCAAAUAUUUAGUCAGUUCUAGAAGUCUAUACUUUCAUAUGAAUUUACAUCGAGGAGAUUCGUCUUACAUCUGUGCUUCCUGUGGUGAGGUCUUUUUUACGCCCAACGGAAUCAAAGGACAUUCUUGUGAGAAGAAACGUAAAAGACCCGAGAAAGACUUUAGGACUUAUGAUAUGCGAUACUGUCGUUUCUGUGAUCAACGUUUUCCUUCACUGGAUGAAAAUAAGGCACAUAAAUGUGAAUUCCAGCAUCCUGAUGACCAAAAACUUGUUUUUUGUAGGUGCUGUGGUAAAGUUUUGGCUAAAUUAGCAUUUAAUCGUCACAUGGAGACACAUUCCGGAGUUGAUUGGGUCUGUGGAAUUUGUAAUAGAAAGCUAGCGACUGAAAGAGCUCUCAAAACUCAUCUAACGACUCAUACUGGCAAUAAGCCAUACAAAUGCAGUGAGUGCAACGAAAGUUUUAUUAACAAAGUAGUGUUAGAUCGACACAUGAGAUUUCAUGGACAGCAACCCAAACUUUUUCGUUGUGAAUUUUGUUUCAAGCAAUUAAGUACAGAGACCAGCUUAAAAUCACAUGUCCAAAGACUCCAUAAAAAUACAGUUCAAUGUGAGCUGUGCAAAUUGGAGUUUCCAAAUCGAGACUAUCUAAAAGAUCACUUUCAAGCGACACAUGAACCGAGUGUAUGUGGAAUUUGUGGAAAGUCCUUUUCUCUUCCUAGAUAUUUAAAGAUGCAUGAAAAGCUGCAUUAUGACGAUAAUAAUGUAUCAAAAAUGGCAUGUUCGAUAUGUGCAAAGAAGCUAACGACUAGAAAUAUUCGGCAUCACGUUUAUAGACAUCAUAUUAAUGAGUUUGACUCGUGGUUAAAAGAUAAUCCUAAUUUCUAAAGAUAAAAGAUUAUUAAAAUUAAUUACAGAGUAAAUAAAAAUGCGCUGCUUGCGCCUCUCGCGUGAUUUUAACUUGUUCAAAAUAACGGAAAAAAAUUCAAAAUUUG